AUGAAAUUCACAUUUGGAUUACUCUCAGUUGUGGCAACCAUCCUCAGCACUGAGCCGGUUACAGCCGUUCCUACUCAUGGGCUUCAUAGAGGUUAUCUCGGUGGCUAUGGAGGCUAUGGCGGGGGAUACGGGGGAGCAUACGGUGCUGGUUACGGAGGACCAUAUGGCGGUUAUGGCAGAGGGUACGGUGGAGGCUAUGGAGGGGGCUAUGGUGGAGGCUAUGGUGGAGGCUAUGGUGAAGGCUAUGAUGGAGGCUAUGGUGGAGGCUACGGGGGAGGAUAUGGUGGAGGCUACGGCGGAGGGGGUGGACUAGGCUUAGGGUUCGGCCUUGGGGUAGGUGUCGGCGUCGGCAUCUAA